AUGAAUACGGUGGGGGAAAGAUAUUUGGGAACGGUGGAGAUGGCUGAGGCUCCGUACAUGACGGCCAAAACGUCAGUGUGGUGGGACAUAGAGAGUUGUCAAAUCCCAAGGGGUUUCGAUGCUUAUGGAAUAGCUCAGAAUAUUGGUUCGGCGCUUGAGAAGAUGAACUACUGUGGUCCAAUCUCAAUCUACGCAUAUGGGGAUGUGAGUCGUAUCCCUCCGACAAUCCAGCAUGCCCUUUACUCCACCGGAAUUGCGCUUAACCAUGUCCCAGCCGAUAUGCGUGGGGAGGUGGAAGUAGGGAGUACGCUCUUUGAUGAGAUGACUGAAGUUAAAGACGGUGUGAUAUAUUACGUGAUGAAGGAUGGUUAUGCUAAGUCUGGUGACAUGACCUCUUCUAGAAGAUUAUUUAAUGAGAUGAGAUUUAGAACUGUAGUCACUUGGACCAUUAUAAUUCAUGGUUACUGCAACAACGAAGAGGUCGCAUCUUGGAACGAUAUGAUAAAUGGGUAUGCUUUGAAUGGGGAUGUAACUGCAGCUUUGGAUCUAUUCUUGGCAAUGCUGAGAGAAGUAAAGCCAGAUGAGGUCACCAUUCUCGCGGUUCUCUCAGCUUGUAAUCAUUGCGGUUUAGUGGAGGAAGGAAGAAAAUGGUUCCAUAUGAUGGAAGAGUGUGGCCUUAAGGCUAAGAUUGAGCAUUAUGGCUGUAUGGUUGAUAUACUAGGCAGAGCAUGA